UCGUUGUAACAGCAACUGCGCUUAUACAUCAACCUCGUGGUUUCUGUUUUCAAGAGGUUCUUUUGAGAAGUAGGAGGAUUUAAAAAAAAUCCAUUUUAUUUAAAUCAGUGCACGUCAUAGAUAUUUUCAAUAAAUUCUGGAGAGUCGCUGAAAUGGCUGGAAAGAGCAAAAAAGAUGACUUACAUCAGUCUAAAGAUAGCGAUGAAAGUUCAGAUGAUUCCAACAAUAUGAGCUUUGAUGAGAGCGAAGGUGAAGAGGAUGCUGAGGAUGUUGACGUUGAUGAGCAGCAAGUGGCUAGCAAGAAACGAAAACUUGAGGAGGAUAAAACAACGACUAAAACUUCUAAAAAGCAGAAGAUGAAUGUCAAACCGCCGACGGCAGAAGAAUUGAUACAUCUUCGUGAAACAGAAAAUCUUUUCCAAUCGAAUCUCUUCCGUUUGCAAAUAGAGGAAAUGAUCAAAGAAGUGCGACCGAGGAAAUCAGAAAGAAAUUCUCUCAGGAAUUGGUUAAACCAAUUAACUGCAGAAUUGACUGGGACUGAUGUGCGAUAUGAGAAACCGUUAAGUGAUGUAAGCUGGUUGAAAGAACUUGGAAUUACAUUUCCAAUCCCACUCACAAAAAACUAUAAAAAGAAAGUAAUUUUUAAGUUUUUGAAACCUGUGAAAGUUUUAACAGUAGGAUCUUUCGUUAAUGGUACUCUUCUUGGGCCAAGUUUUUCCAUUGAUCUAGCCAUUGUAAUGCCAAAGAAAUGUUUUGAAAAAGAAGAUCACCUGGACAUGCGAUAUUUGAUAAAGCGAGCCAUGUAUUUAUGCGUCAUCUCUUCAAUUAUUUCGAAGAGUGUUUCAUUGAGCGAUGAAAAAGUUAAGUUUUGGACGAAGACGGGCGACCCUCUAAAACCUGUACUCGUCUGUAAAGCUCCAGGGAAAGGUUCUGUUGAAAUUCUUUUGACUGCGAUUCCUGAAGAAGGGACUUUUAAAACUUCAAAAUUUGUACUCGAUAAAAACAAUAUUCGACCAGAUGUAUCAGAUCAUUUAGCCCCAAGUCAACUACCAGACACACCGUAUUAUAAUUCUCAACUACUCGAAGAUGUGGUAUUAGAAGAAAAUGAAAAGUUGAAAAUAAGUUCUCUACAAAACAAUCAAAAUGCUAGAGAUGCUAUUGUACUUCUAGGCGUUUGGCUUAAACAAAGAGGAAUGACACAAGGAUACGGGGCAGUUAAUAUGCAUUUGAUUAGCAUGCUGAUGGUCCAUCUUCUUCAAAACCAAGUAAUCAACUAUAACAUGAGUAGUUAUCAGAUUAUUCGACAUGUUUGGCUUUUUAUCUCGCAAGGUGAUUGGACUGAAAAAGGCCCCUCCCUAAUGAAAGGAUCGUCUAGUGAAGUGCCCAAUCAUUUCAAAUUUCAUUCCAUCUUUCCUGUCGUUUUUAUUGAUUCUACUGGUUAUUUUAAUUUCACCUUUAGGAUGAAUAAACUAACUUAUUUAAAGUUUAGAUCAGAAUCUCAAUUGGCCGUUAAAUACUUGAAUGAUUCGCAAAUUAACAGUUUUAAGACACUUUUUAUGAACAAGAUGAAUUUCAUUGAACAAUAUGACCACAUUUUAAGCUUUACAAAUCCAGAUGUUAUAAACAAAACUGUAUUCAAAAAGACCUCUGGAGCUCGUCAGUUGGAUUAUUCUUGUCAUACUUUGCCUUUAUUUUUGGAUCUCCUGACUAAUUUAUUUCUAAAGGGACUUAAAGACAGAGUUAAGACCGUUGGGAUCAACCUUCUAUCUACGCCAAAAUGGGGCAUGACUGAAAAGAGCCCGGCAUUUCUAAUAAAAGACGUUUUGAUGCUGGGCUUUCAGUUGAAUUCAGAAACAUCAUUGGCCAUUAUCGAAAGGGGCCCCGACGCUUCGACACCAGAGUCGAAGGAAUUCAGGGCUUUCUGGGGCAACAAAUGCGAACUAAGACGAUUUAGAGAUAGCGAAGUAUGUGAAGCCGUUGUUUGGGGUAAAACAGGCGACCCUUUAAGAGAGAGAAGGCUUAUUUUGCAAAAAAUCAUAACAUACCUAUUAGAAGAGAAACUUGGCAUCACAGCGGAAAAUUUUACCUACAUAGCCGACCAACUCAGCCCCAUUAUUCAAAAUAAAUCUAUGCCAACAUCGACGAAUGAAGAGUCUUCGCAGGCUGUACAUAAAGUUUAUGAAAGCCUGGCUCAGCAACUAAGAGAGCUUACAGGGCUUCCUUUAAACAUUACCAGUGUGCACUGUAUAUCUCCUGUAUUUAGGUUUACAGACAUCUUUCCACCGCUACCUGCUAAAGUUGUAUUUGUCAAGAAACAUGUGUUACAACCUGACAUCAAUGUUUUACUUUCAGACAGUUGUGAAAAAUGCCCUUCUUAUGUGGCUCCAAUUGAAGUUGUAAUACAAAUGGCGCUUACUCAGAAAUGGCCCAAUAAUGUCAACGCUGGUAAAAGGUUGAUAGCUGCUUUUUAUAUAGCCAUAGCUGCUGAAUUGCGAAAGCGGUAUGAUCUUGAUUGCCAAAUCACAACAGAUUUUGUUCAAGUAUUAAAGGAAGGGUUUGUAUUUCGUUUGUAUUUGGGGUAUGGUAAAGAAAUAGCUCUUUUGAAAGAAAAGAUAACCAGCCAAGGAGUAAAGCAGUACAGGGAUACGAAAGAGUCCAUAAUGUUGGAAAAGAAGUUCAUAAAUCUGCCCAAACUUACUGGUGCACUUUAUGGUCUGAGCCAAGUUAAUUCUGGGUUUGGCGGAGCUGCCUGCUUGGCAAAACGCUGGAUAGCUUCACAACUGCUCGAUGAUGACCAUUUUCCUGAGAUUGUCAUCGAACUUUUGGUCGCUUACCUUUUUACUUCACCCCAGCCCUUUUCAGCAGCUGUACAACCACUUCCAGCAUUUUUACGUUUUUUGAAUUUAUUAGCAACUACCAACUGGAACAUUGAGCCAAUUAUAAUAAAUUUUAAUAACCUCUUAGAUAGAGAGAAAUGUAUUGAAAUUGAACAACUUUUUAACACACAACGUGAAACUUUGCCUCCUUUGUUUAUCGCGACUCCUUAUGAUAAAACAGGCUGCCUUUGGACUAGAGACGCUCCAACCUUGCCGACGUUAGUUCGGUUAGCAAAACUGGCUUCAACGACUUAUAAAAUUUUGGAAAUCAGACUUAGUUCUUUUCAGCCGAGUAAAAAAUUGAGAAGUGUGUUUUUUCCUCCGAUGAAUGCGUAUAAUGUUAUAAUUAAUUUAAAUACAAAAAUGUUAUCUCGGAUACAACAGAGUAUUUCAUGGGAGGCGUCCAAGAAAGCGAUUAUUAAUAAAAUAGUUGUAAAUAAAACACCAAUUACUGAUUUCAAUCCUGCUCAACUUUAUUUGAGUGAUUUAAGGAAUAACUACGGAGAUUUUGCCCUCUUCUUCUAUGAUAUUUACGGUGGUAAAGAAAUCGGUGUAAUAUUUAAACCACAGUUUUUAAAAACAGUAGAAUUUAAGACAUCUCAUAUAGCUGGGAGGAAGCCGAUUGAAACAGAAGGUAAAAUCCUUCUUGUACCUGAUAAAGAAGCUUUAAUUGAAGGUUUUAAAAUACUGGGAAGUGGUAUUGUAAAUAGUGUCACUGUGCACAGUUAAAUUAUAAAUUAUGUGUAAUGUAAUGUUCAAACAAAAAUGAUUUAUGAAUGUUAUUACUAUAAAUUCAUUUUAUUUAGA